AUGUUGAGCACCGCAGGUGGCAACUGGGAUGACAUCACUCAGGCCGCUGCUCAGGGCGAUGCUUCCUGGGAUGCUCCGGCGGCGGCGGACGAUUGGAGCGCUCCCGCGGGUGGCAAUGCACCGGGAUCCUUUGUGGAAUCUGAACAGCAGGAGUUCUUUGAGGGAGCCAGUGCCUGCUUUGUGGCAGCGGAUGAUUUGUCCAAGUAUGACCCUCCCGCGCAGCUCAUCAACAUGACCUUUGAAUGCCUGCGAUUGAUGAUGAAAGCAGUGGAUGAGGCGGUCCAUUCGUCGAGCCACCGGACGGCGCUGAAGAGCUUGGGAACAUGGCUAGGGCUGAUCACGGUUGGGCGAGACUAUCCUCUGAAGAGCAAGAGCAUGGACAUCAAGGAUUUGCUUCUUGAUGCGUACGAGAAUCAGCGCCUGACAGCAGUGUUGCCUAUGGCCUGCAAGAUCCUGGAAGCGGUGGAGAAGUCGCGUGUGUUUAAGCUGCCAUCUCCGUGGACCACGGGGCUGUUGAGUCUGGUGGCUGAGAUCCAUGGCGUCCCUGAUCUUCGAACGAACCUCAGUUUCGAGGUGGAGGUCCUCUUCAGACACCUCCAGAUUGACGUCAACACUUGGCCCAAAAGCGAUCUGCUCCGUACUCGCCGCGCUCCAGUUGGAGGUCCUGAUCUGGGAGGCAAACAUCGUCCUCAGGAGAUGCCUCAGGACUUGGCUCCUCCGCAAAGGCCACAACAAGCCUAUUGGCAGCAAGGUGAACAUGGCCAAAGAGAGAUGGAAUACCGUGCCUAUGUUCAGCAGCAGCAGACAUACCAGCUCCGAGAGCAAGAUCGACAUGCGAGGGCGAUGCCCCAACAUGCAGUUCCUCAAGCUGCGGCGCAACAGCAUGAUGAAAAUCACAUCACUCCAAUGCUGCAGUCCUUGGUGCAGGUUCCUCCGGAAUUCCAAAUCUUCCGAUCACGACCAAGGCUUUUGAGGUGGUUGACCACCGCGGUGGACGCGGCUGUGCGAGAAGUCCUUCAAGCGGUGGAACCUUCUAUCAAAAUUGCAUGCUUCUCUUCAGCACAAAUGGCUUUGAAGGAUUUCCUCUACGAGGUAGAUCAUGAGCUUCUGCAAAAGGCAGCCACCUACAUGGCGGUGGCGGUCUCAGGGUCCUUGGCGCUGGUCAUGUGCCGUGAUCCGCUGGAAAAGUCGCUGAAGAGUCAGCUCAUGUACAUCUUCAUGCAGCAAGUCAACGCAAAGGUCGUUGUGGACCAUACGCAGGUGCUCCAGGUUGUUGAGAGCCACGUGGAUGGAGCAACGAUUGCAGCGGGCUCACCCUAUGGCUGCGGCGUGCAACCGGACGAGGUGGGCGAAGCCACGGGUCAAUUGAUGACCUGCCUGGAUGAAGACCGCUGCUACUAUGGCCACGUGGACAUCAACGCCUCCAUCGCUUGGGCGUAUUGGAGAUAUCAGCAAGGACUCAUCGAUAACCCCGCCCACUUGAAGAAUGUCCCUGUCCUGCUCUUCAAUGGCAAGGAUGACGAAUGUGUCUAUACAAGGGUCAUGAAAGACACCUUUGAGCAGCUGCGCUACUUUGUGGAUGAACGCCUUCUUUUCCGAGAAUUUGGCACAAAUGCUGCCCACGUUUGGAGCUUGGACCAUGGAGGCUGUGACUGUGGCACUUGCUCAGACUUCGAAGGAUCUUUGGAAUGUUGCGACGUGAACAACUGCCACUACGAUUUGAGUGGUGACAUGCUUCGGAAGAUUUAUGGCGAGAUCAAGCCGCGAAAGCAAGUACAUGGAAAUCUGGCUCACGUGGAACAGUGGAAAUAUCUUCCGAAGGAUGAGAAUUUGACAAAUUUUUCGGUGCCAAGGUUUGGAUUGUGGAGAUUUGCCCUUGUUUAUGUGCCUACAAACUGCAAAGAACGGGUGGAGUCCUGUCGCAUCCACGUGAACUACCACGGAUGCAUUCUGAAGGUGUUGAAGCGUCGCCGCCUUUGGGCGACAUCCAUUGAUCUCAACGAAUAUGGCGAAGCCAACGACAUCAUCAUGGUCUACCCACAGGCGGCUGGCAGUGAGUCAGAGGGCAUCGGAUGUUGGAAUUGGGGAGAUCCUAAAACUGACCCGAACUUUGAUACACGAAGGUCUGUUCAGCUGCGAACCGUCAUGAACCUUCUGGAGGAUCUUCCUCAAGCUCUUCGCUUAGCCAAGGAUCAGGACCUUGUGGACGGUUUCGAGCACAACUCUUCCAGCCCAUCCAUCUUGGUUUGA